UUUGACACAAACUGUCACAGAACCACGAAACAUCAAAAUUGAACCAAAUCCUUUUCCAUACAAAACGAUGGGAGACGACACCAGUCAAGAAAAAGACGAAACAGAAGAAAAUUCAAAAUCAAUACACGUUACAGUUAAAACCCAAAAAGAGACCAUAAGCUUAGAAAUAGCAGAGGAUAUCCCCAUUUCUAAUUUCAAGGAAGUCAUAGCGCCUAAGUUCAAUGCAAAUCCUGAUCAUCUGCUACUCAUUUUUGCUGGAAAAGUAAUGAAAGAUCAGAUGACCUUGAAACAGCACAAUGUCCAAAACGGCUUCACUAUUCAUCUAGUGAUCAAGACCAUACCCCCACCAACUGCAGCGAAUGAUACAUCUCAAGAUUUACCGAGGGCAUCAAGCAGUUUCAUAAACAUGGACCAGAGUCCUCUACUCGGUUUGGCUGGUAUUGGCGGAUUGAAUAAUCCGCUUAUUGGUCCAAUUUUAUUAGAUGAGAAUACUGUAAGAGCCAUAUUGAACCAAAUUCCCCAAAUCCAAAGUCUCGUCGAGACAAAUCCCGAAUUUAGCCAGAUAAUCAACAACCCAGAACUGAUCCGGCAGACCAUAAAUAUGGCCACGAACCCUUCCCUGAUGCAAGAACUAAUGCGGCAGCAAGAUAGGGCCCUCAGCAAUAUAGAAAGUCUACCUGGAGGUACUCAGAUACUGGAACAGAUGUUCAGGAACGUGCAGGAACCUAUGAUGGACGCGGUGGACGAGAGUCUUCGUCCCAACCCCUACUCCUCCAGCGAAAACCCCUCUGGGAUCCAGCAGCAGGGCGCCGAGAACAGGGACGCCCUCCCCAACCCCUGGACGUCGGAGAACGACGCUGGUUCGAACCCGACGCCCACCAGACCAUCAGCCGGUCAACAUCCCAAUCUGGCUAAUUUACUGCAGAGAAUUAUGCUCAAUGCCGAAUACGAUCAAAGCGUCUUAUCAGGACUGAACAAUAACGUUACCCCCGAUCCCAACUACGCAGCGCAGACAGACAGACUCAUGGACCUGUUAUCCAGGAUGAGGGACACCAGCCAGCAGAACGCCGGAGUUUACGAGGAACAGUAUAGAACUGAACUGGAACAGCUCGCCACAAUGGGAUUUGAGAACCGCGAUGCUAACCUGAGGGCACUGAUUUUGAGUUUUGGCGACGUGACUGCCGCUGUCGAAAGACUGUUGGCCCAGAAUACGACCAGUUUUCAGGGAUGAAUCACGAUUGUAUGAUUUCAUUGUGUUUUCAACAUUUUGUACGAUAUUUUUAUUUGAAAUAGACUUGACAAAGUUCA